AUGGAGGCCCUUUUGACGCAUUCCUUCGACUAUCUCUCCUCAUACGAGCCCAACAAAAUUCGCAAGGGCCUCCGUCAGGUUGAAGGACUUCUAGCGCAAAUAUGUCUGUCACGAAGCAAACAAACUGCGGCCGAAAAGAGAAGAUCCAUGAUCCCCUUAGGCCAAACACCACCCGCGCCAAAAGCCCUGAACGAAUUGGCAGAUGAUCCGGCUUUUCGAGAGUUCUUCAAGUUGCAGGAGGGCUUUCAAUGGAAUGUCGCUAUACGCCUAGUUACCUGCUUGGAACAUUUGCUCGGUCGCGGAAGUAACGGCGCAAACGAUCUUCUCAUCAUCUCAACCCUGGACCUGAUCCAAGGGAUCCUCCUUCUUCACCCUCCAUCCCGAGCGCUCUUUGCGCGCGAAAUAUAUAUGAAUAUUCUCCUCGACCUCUUAGACCCGAUCAAUUGCCCUGCCAUUCAGUCCACCACACUGUUGACCUUGGUCACCGCCCUGCUGGACCAACCAGCGAACACCCGCACAUUCGAGGCCCUAGACGGACUCCUGACGGUCACAUCUCUAUUCAAAAUGCGUGCCACAUCCCGAGAAGUCAAGCUGAAACUUGUGGAAUUUCUUUACUUUUAUCUUAUGCCAGAGGUGCCUACCAUCCCCGCGGUCGCGGCGAGUGCACCAAAUACGGCAGUAGUCGGAUUGCAUCGAAGCCCUAGCAAGCUAUCGGGAGCAUUUGCGAAGAGCUAUUCGUCAGCCAGUGAAAAUAACCAGUCGAAGCGUGAGACCCGCACGACCGAGGAGAAACAAAAGCUGCUUGGUCGUUAUCUCAGUAAUGUCGAGGACUUGGUGGAAGAUUUGAAGGAGACUGCUCCGUUUGGAAGCACCGUCUAUUAG